AUGGAAGCUUUGCCACAUGAUACCAGCCCUGUCACUAUUGUGCACUCUUCCGGGGUGUUCAUUCAUAAUGUGGCAUGGUGUCAUUGUCAGGGCCCUGUUCCGAAACAGCACCUACAGCUCCUUAGAGCAGGACUAUUUCCUGCCAGCUCCACCAGACCCAAGACUGCCUUCACCUUCGAGGUCCUGGAUCAUUUUCUCAUUGAUUCCUUGGAAUGCAAGACUUCGGCAAGGAGCUUCUUUGAGAAACUCACAAGGCUGACUAAUAAUGCAUUUCCGGAUACUGUCCCUGAUCGGUAUCGUGAACUUAUGAGAGUAUCUCGUCAGUGGCGCGACUUGAAGAACCGAAAAUGGUUUGGAUUUGGCCACGACGUGGAACUGGGUCCAGGCCCAGGAGAUCUUGCUCUCUUCUGCCCUUCGUGUCCGCAGCCAGGAAUCAAUAUGCCUUUGCUUUGGGAACAGAAGUGGCUUGUUAUGAAGAGAUUGGUGGUAGAUGGGAACUUUACUGCUCAGCACAUGAACAUGCGGGAGCCUGAACGAGACAUCUUCCUUUCGGAUGGUUCAGGUUAUAUGGUGACUGAAAAGAGGUCCACAUGUAGCAACCAUCGAGCAGUGAAUGCAGCUAAUGCAAACCGAAGUAAUCUCCAAGCUACUGGUGUGGGUGCUACAGCUUGUGCCCGGCAUGGAUCUGCCAACUCUGUCGACACCUCACUCAUAAUUUAUGAUGUGGGGUGUCAGUGGAACCUUCACUUUGGAGAAUGUGUUAACAAUUGCCCUGGCUUGACACUCCCUGAAAAUACAGAGAUUGUAGCUGCAGUGGGGAAAUUUCAUCUCAGUGCUCAUAAGCUAGCUUGUUUUGCUAGAUACAGCCUAAACUUCAUCUUAGGCGCUGCCCAAGUUGACGGAGAAAUUCUGGAGACACUCUGGGCUCCCUUUAACAAGAUAUCUCCAACAGCCCGUUCUAUGAGCCAAGCCCACCGUCAAGAAAUCCUUGAUGACCAUAUGCGUAAUUCAAAUUGGAAAAAACUUGUAGGGAUUGGUGAGUGCUAA